UUCAAAGUAAAUGGACGCCUGUAAAUUUAAUCUAUUUAAUCACAUUUCUGUAGAGUAAAAAAAUAUAUAUACAUAUAUAUCUAUCACGCGUAUUUAAAUUUAAUGCCUUAUUUAGUGAAUAUAUUAAUAUAUUAUUUAUAAUUAAUACUUAAUAUCCACUUUUACGGUGGUAUAGUAUUAAAAUAUUAGCAAUAUGAGUGAUAAUUCGGUAAAAGAAAAAGUUGUGUCCCCUGAACAAGCCGCAGAGGCGGAAAAAUUCAAAGAAUCGGCGAAUGUAUAUUUCAAAAUACAAAGUUAUGAUGAAGCCAUCGAGAAUUACACCAAAGCGAUAGAAUUAAAUCCAUACAUGGCAUCGUACUAUGGAAAUCGAAGUUUUGCAUAUCUUAAAACGGAGUGUUUUGGUUAUGCGUUAAACGAUGCCUCCAAAGCGAUUGAAUUGGAUAAAAACUAUGUUAAAGGUUACUGGCGACGUGCUGCAGCUUACAUGUCAUUAAGUAAAUUUAAAUUAGCUCUAAAAGAUUUUGAAACAGUCACGAAGGCUCGACCUCACGACCAAGAUGCUAAACUUAAGUACACUGAGUGUUUUAAAAUUGUCAAAAAGUUGGCGUUCGAAAAAGCCAUUUCAAUUGAUGAUAACAAAAAAAACAUUGCUGAUUCUAUAAACUUAGAUUCAAUGGCAAUUGACGAUGAUUAUAAUGGACCAAAAUUAGAGAACGGUAAAGUUACGUUAGACUUUAUGAAAGAUUUACUCAAAUGGUAUAAGGAGGAAUGUAAAUUACACAGAAAGUAUGCCUACCAAAUCCUUCUGGACGUUAAAAACUGGUUCAUGGCGCAACCUAGUUUGAUAGACGUUACAAUACCUGAUGAAAAUAAAUUUACUAUUUGUGGUGAUAUUCACGGUCAAUUUUAUGAUCUGUUGAAUAUUUUUGAACUUAAUGGUUUGCCAUCGGAAACUAAUCCUUACUUAUUCAAUGGAGAUUUUGUAGAUCGAGGUUCAUUCUCGGUGGAAUGUAUAUUCACGUUGUUUGGAUUCAAGUUAUUAUAUCCAAACCAUUUCUUUAUGUCUAGAGGAAACCAUGAGUCUGCAAUCAUGAAUCAUAUGUACGGAUUUGACGGUGAAGUGAAGGCUAAGUACACUAAUCAAAUGGCUGCGUUGUUUACCGAAGUCUACAAUUGGUUGCCAUUAGCCCACUGUAUAAAUAAACGAGUUCUCGUAAUGCACGGCGGAUUAUUCUCAAGAGACGAUGUCACUCUCCAGGAAAUCCGAGAAACUGACAGAAAUCGACAGCCUCCGGAUGAAGGCGUUAUGUGUGAAUUGCUAUGGUCUGAUCCUCAACCACAGAUGGGUCGAGCACCAAGCAAACGAGGUGUUGGAGUACAAUUCGGACCUGAUGUGACGCAUGAGUUCUGUAAACUGAAUGGUCUUGAUUACAUAGUCAGAAGCCAUGAAGUUAAAAAUGAUGGUUACGAAGUUAGUCAUGACGGAAAGUGUAUAACUGUCUUCUCAGCUCCCAACUAUUGCGAUACAAUGGGUAACCGUGGUGCCUUCAUUACACUUAACGGCAAAGACAUGAAACCGCAAUUUACAUCUUACGAAGCAGUGCCUCAUCCGAAUGUUAGGCCAAUGCAGUACGCAACUUCGUUGAUGAAAUUCAUGAUCUAAUGAAAUAACUGCUAUUAUUAAAAGUUUAAUUUAUAAUAGCAAUAAUAUUAAUAUUAGUAAGAACAAUGAAUUAAUUUAAUUAUUAAUAAUAAUGAUAAUGGUAACAAUAACAGUAUAUUGAUAAUAAUUUAAAAAAAUUCAAGUAGAUCGAUAAAAGUGUGCAUAAUAUAUUUGAUACAAUUGAAACAGAAAGCAACACACGCUUGAACUUUUACAAAUAUAAAGCAAAAAAUUGAAAAAUUAUCAACGUUCAUAAUAGAAAUAUAAAAUCAAUUUGUAUGAUAGACUAUGAAUAAUUUUUUGCAACGUAGUUAAGUGAUAAAACAAACAAAGAACAAAAUAAUGCCGUGAUAAAGAGCUAAUGUGCUUUCUCAUUUUUAGAAGUCUUUUUAUCGAUUGUAAAAUAGCGUUCGUUUCGAUAAUGGAGCUUGUUAUUAAAUGUAAUCUUAAAAUGUAGGAAAAUAUUACGAAAUUGAAUGUGUUAUUUUUCUAAUUCGGCUCAUUGAGUAACUAAAGAAAAAAAGGCAUGUAGAAUUAAUUGGAUGAAACAAAUGUUAUGUCUUUAUCAUUUUUAUUUCAUUUUAGCGAAUCAUGUAAUUAUAUUAUUCGAUUGUAAUUAUCCAUUAUUAGGAUAAAUUAUUAUUAAUUCUAAUUAUGAUUAUAAAAUACUUGAUACGUACGUGAAUUCAGUAUAAAAAAUUAAAUAUGUAGUACAAUGUAACCGUCAAUCGUUUCUUCUGUCGCAUUAAUAGUAAUUAACUUUUAUACAAAUUCGCGUUUUCGAUUGACGGAUUAAUUUCAAUUUGAUAUUUUGUUUUUUGUUAAAUAAUAAAUAAUGUUUAUAUGGUAA